UUUUUUUUGAAACUUUGUUAUAACAACUGCUGCCAACGUUUAUUAUUAUAAUACACACAGUUACAUACAUAGAAUAUGAAGCUGUUAUUAGGAUCUUUAUUUAUAUUAAUGGUGAUAGAGAUAUAUCUGGCACCUUAUACUAAAGUUGAAGAAAGUUUUAAUUUACAAGCAACACAUGACAUUAUACAUCAAGUAGAACAUUAUGACCAUUUAGAUUUCCCUGGCGUCGUUCCACGUACAUUCCUCGGUGCAUGUAUUUUAAGUGCAUUAAGUUGGCCAUUAAUUUACUUGUUUCCAUCUAUAUCACUUCUUAAUCAGCAGAUUUUGGUACGUAUCGUUCUUGCUGCUCUUGUCAUAAUUUCACUUGGAAAAUUUACUUCUGGUGUCAAAGCACUUUUUGGAUCAAGGACUGCUAUCUGGACUCUCUUGCUUUUACAUUGUCAGUUCCAUUUUGUCUUUUGGUCUUCUCGUACUUUACCAAACACGUUAGCAUUACCAUGGACUUUGUUUGGGCUUUCUCAUUGGAUAUCAAGUUUAUCUCAAAUGAGUGGUCGUGAAGAUCAUUUAAGAUGGAUGAUUCGAUAUCUUACCUUUACUGGUAUUGUAUUUAGAUUCGAAGUUGGUAUUUUACUAGUUAUUUUGUUAGGAAUAGAACGGUUUUUAUACCGUACAAUUGAUUUAUAUACAAUUUUGAAGGAGACAAUGACGACUGCAUUCAUCAGUUUAUUAGUAACUAUCCCAUUGGAUUCCUUUUUCUGGAAUACUUGGUGGUUAUGGCCUGAGGGUAUGGUAUUUUAUUUUAAUGCUAUUCUUAAUAAGAGUUCAGAAUGGGGUACUUUACCAUUUUACGCUUAUUUUACUUCCUUUCUACCACGUUUAUUGCUUGUAUCUUAUCCUUUGGCAUGGAUUGCCUUUGCUACCGAUCGUCGUUCACGUCGUCUACUUUUGCCUAUGAUUAUUUAUAUUGUUCUGUUUUCAUGCUUACCGCAUAAAGAAUGGCGUUUUAUCAUGUAUACUAUUCCUGUCUUCACUGCAGCUGCUGCCUCUUGUGUUUCAACUGUCAUUACAACUACUCGUCGAUCAACUACUCGAAUAGUUGUGUCCUUCAGUAUUAUUAUUGCUGCUGUAAUUGCUUCGUUCAUGAUAGCCAUCAUGAUGUUUCAAAUAUCUCGUCUCAAUUAUCCUGGUGGACAAGCUCUUGCAUCCUUGCAUUCCAUUGAAAAUCAUACAUCCUCCUAUGUUCAUGUUCAUAUCGAUACUGAUACAGCCAUGACAGGUGCCUCCCUUUAUGGACAGUCGAAUCCAAAUUGGAUUUACUCAAAGAAUGAAAGUCAUGAAACAGAAGAUGAUUUCCUUGAAGCACGUUACACUCAUCUUAUUACAGCUCAUCCUGACAACUUGAAUACGUCCCUCUUUGAAGUGAUCGACAUCAGUUAUGGACUUGAUAACGUACGACUUAAACACAUGAAUGAAUAUAUGAAAUCAAUUUUAAAAAACUAUGACUUUAUGCCUAUUGAAUUUAACAUGUCACCAAAAUUAUAUACACUUCGUUUGAUUCAACCACAAAGAGCUUGGAUUCAAUAUACAUUACGCAAAUACCCCUUUGUACUCUAUAGCAAAACUUACUGUCCAUAUUCUAUAGCAGCUAAGCAAUUACUUUCCAAGUAUUGUAAAGAUAUACAUAUUGUUGAGGCAAAUCUUGAUCAAGAUAGUAAAGGAAUUAAAUAUGCAUUAUUUGAAUUGACAGGUCAACGAACAUUUCCCAAUUUCUUCAAGAACGGUCAAAGUCUGGGUGGUUAUGAUCAACUAUCCGUAUUAGACAGAGAAGGGAAGCUGUCGACUAUCUGUAAUGUGUAAUAAAAUAAAUCACUUCUAUAUUUACUAGAAGAAUAGGAAAUACUUUACACCAAAUGUACGAUAGACUCUAGGGUCUGCAUAAUUAAUUAUAUAAUUCAUAUCAUAACUAACCAAGCUGUAGCACAAAGUAAUCCAUUUUAGUCAUAGUAAAGGUUAGAAAGCUGUCACAAACUUCAUAUUCACUCAUAAUCAUCAUAUUAUUAUUGUUGAUGAUUUUCACACACAUGGAUAGAUGUAUUUAUUUAUAUAUUUAUACACUCC